AUGAAGAGGGAUUUCUACAAGGAUGCAUCUUUGUCAUCAGCAAGAGUAGCUAAGGAGUUCUGCUUUGCUGCUAGGGAUGUUUUGCUCCUUUAUAGGGCUAUUGUGCCGGUUCAGCUAGAGAAGCAAUUUGAUAGCUUAAGUCAAGUGGCUGCUAUUGUUCACAAUGACUUUUACCAUUUGUCCCAAGAAAUUCUGGGCCUUGCAUUUCAGUACCGUGCAGAUUUUCCUAGUGAUCUACAGAAACAGGUUGUUUUUGUGGAUUUAGCCCCAAUCUUCUCCCUGAUGGCGAAUGCUAUAUUGAGAAGACAAAUACAACUCACUGUUGAUACUAUAAGUGAGGCUAUAGAUGGUGCUGAAGGUUUUCAGAACACACACCAACCUCAGCAUUAUGAAUCCGCAAAAUUUAGUAUUGAGCAGGUCGUGUUUAUUUUGGAAAAGAUACGCAUCAUGUGGGAAUCGAUACUGCCAAGAUCAAUUUACAGGAAAAGUAUGUGCAAUGUCCUUGGGUCUGUCUUCUCUAGAAUUACGAGGGAUAUGCUUCUGAUAGAUGACAUGGCAGCAGAAGAGACAUUGCAGCUGCAAGGCCUUAUACAUUUGGCUCUGGAAAACCUCUCUUCACUAUUUCUUUCCCUGGUUGAGAACAACGAUGGGAGCACAAAGUCCUUAGACCAUGACGUUUUUUUUGAAGUAAAAGUUACUGUAGGGGGUCCUACAAAUGUGAAGGAGAGAUUCCAAUCAAGGACCAACAUCUCUUAG